CUGGCGGUCUCUCCAGUUAGACGCUGCUGCACUUUGCUUUUUUUUUGUGUGUGUAAUUUCCCCGGCACACGAGAGCUGGUUUCCCCCCCUCAACCACCACCACCACCCCCCCACCAAACAAACUUCUCUACCUCCUUACCUUCCCUAUUCCUCCUCCUUCCCCCCUCCCCCCCAACCCCAUCCCCAUCCACCCUUCCCCAACCUCAUCCUUCCCUCUCUGUCUGCUGUGAGCCCACUGUCGGUCCGUGUGCGAUCCGCCCCGCACCGCUUCAUGCAUGACUGGAGGAAGGUUUGACUUCGACGAUGGCGGGAGUUACUGCGGCGGAUGGGAGGACGGGAAAGCCCACGGCCACGGCAUCUGCACCGGGCCGAAGGGCCAGGGCGAGUACAGCGGCUCCUGGGCUCACGGCUUCGAGGUGGUGGGAGUCUACACCUGGCCCAGCGGCAACACCUACCAGGGCUACUGGACCCAGGGCAAGAGGCACGGGCUCGGGGUAGAGACCAAGGGUCGCUGGUGUUACCGCGGCGAAUGGACACACGGCUUCAAGGGCAGAUACGGGCUCCGCCAGAGCCUGAGCAGCCCGGCCAGGUAUGAAGGCACAUGGAGCAACGGGCUGCAGGACGGCUACGGUGUGGAGACCUACGGGGACGGCGGAACGUACCAGGGACAGUGGGCUGGAGGAAUGCGUCAUGGAUAUGGUGUACGCCAGAGUGUACCAUUUGGUAUGGCCACAGUCAUCCGCUCACCUCUCCGCACUUCCCUAGCAUCGCUCCGGAGUGAACAGAGCAAUGGCACAAUUCUACAUGAUAUAUCUGCAGAUAGUCCAGCUGGCACAAGAGGUGGUUUCGUCCUCACGUUUCACAGUGACACAGAAUUAAUGACUGGAAAGAAAAAAGGCUUUUUCAGAAGAGGAUCGCUUCUGGGAAAUCUGAAGCUCAAAAGAUCCGAGUCCAAGUCAUCUCUGGCUAGCAAACGUAGCUCUGCUCGGAGUGAGGCAUCAAUGAGUAGAAUAAGUUCAGCAAAUAGUGAUGCCAAUUCGACAAUCAGUUUUGGGGAAGGUGAUUCUGAAUAUUUACCAGUGGAAGACCAUGUUGAUGCUACCACAACGGAAUCCUACAUGGGGGAAUGGAAAAAUGAUAAACGCAGUGGGUUUGGUGUAAGUGAGCGCUCAAAUGGUAUGAAAUACGAGGGGGAGUGGUUGAAUAAUCAAAGGAAUGGUUAUGGAUGUACCACCUUUCCAGAUGGCACAAAGGAAGAAGGAAAAUAUAAAAAUAACAUUUUGAUCCGAGGAAAGAAAAAGCACCUUAUACCCAUCAGAACCAGCAAAAUUCAAGAAAAAGUGGGGAGAGCAACAGAAGGAGCACAUCGAGCAGCAGCAAUCGCCAGGACAAAAGUAGACAUAGCAGCUUCAAGGUGAGUAAUUCUAUUGUGUGGGUUACACUCUAACUAACGUCUACAUUUAUUCUAAACUUGAUUAAUUUGAAUAUGAAUUGUACAUAAUGUUCGCGACUUUUUGAGAUGGAAAUAGUAAAUGACAUUGCUCGAACCUGUAAUUAUUUGAACAGUCUCGUAUUAUAAUGACUUAAUGAACCAAUGCAGGUUUAGAAAACGUGCAUUGUUUUUUCUUUUCUGUUGUUCUUGUUCCUCGCACCUAAAAAAUGAUUACUCAAUAAUUAUAUCCCAUCUCGCCCACCACCCAGCCAAAAACGAUGUACUUUUUUUUUAAGGUUAAUUCUGGUUUCUAAACUUGCAUUCGUCUUUUGCUGGAAUUAAUCCGUCAAGAACUGACCUCCUUUUGCAGUCUUCAGACUGCUUUCAGGAGUUGUUGUAGACUAUUAAAGGUUAGCUUUCAAGCUGUUUUGUCCAAUGGACCUUGGUGCACAGGAAUGGAUACUUUCCUUUGUUAGCUUCCCUUGUUGGACAAGGUUUUUACACCAGCUAUUCAUUUAUGGUAGAGCAUUACUUACAAUUUUGACAUUCCCGAUCCAUGUAUCUGGAAAAUGAGAAGCAUAUUACUAGGAAAGUGGAGAAAUGUGUAGGAUAUUGUUCACAAUAUUUAUUUAUAUAAGCUGAAAAUUGCAACACUAUUCCGAUAAUAAUAUUGAACAAUUUUAAAGAACAGGAGGUGUGUCUGGCUACCUUCAAAUUGUGUCAUUUCAUGAAACAUGGUGUCAAAUUUUAUUUUGUUUUCUUGUUUUUAGUGAAAUGAUUGCAGUUGUAGCUCUGCCCAUGUAUUUCUUGAUGCAGCAAUAAUGUUAUUUGUUGAAAUUGCCCAUAUGAAAAUGGAGAGAUAUAUUAUUUUGACAAGAUAUAUAUUCAAUAUUUUAUUGUGAUUAUUGAAGAUUAGAAGAUCCACACGUCAACUUAUUUUAAGGUAAUUAAAGGGUUUGAUCGGUUAGAAAGGGCAAUGCCAUUUCCUUCAGCCAAGGCAUGCCAAGACAACAGGGCUUAAGCUUCAAAUUGGAGUUGGCCAUUCAGGACUUCCUCACAGGAGGGGUAUUGGAAAUCUGAAACUUAUAAGUUCCCAUCCUUUCCAAAAGACAGGGUGAACUGAGCAUUUCAAAAUUGAAACCUUGGUUUGUCAAGGGUAUUUAGGUUUAUGAAAGCAAGCAAGACAGACAGAGUUCAGGUCCAUGAUCUAAUUUAAUAUCAGGAAAGGCUCAAGGGGCAUUACAACUAUUAUGACUUCAGGAUUUUAAUUGAAAAAUCAAAAGGGAUGCUAUGUUCCUCUCACUUCGACCUUCCAUUAUUAUUUCACUGUACAGAUAUACAUGACUAUAUACAGGAGCAAAUUACUGCAGAUGCUGGAAUCUGUGCUGAAAGCAACAAAUGCUGGAGAUCACAGUGGGUCAAGCAGCAUCCAUGGAGAGAGAGCAAGCUAAUGUUUCAAGUCUAGAUAGCUCUUCAUCAGAGCUUCACUUCAGCUGUGAUCUCCAGCAUUUAUUGUUCUCGGUAUAUGACUAGUAUGUUGUUCAGUAUGUUGGCAUGGACCUAGCAAGCUAAAUGACCUCAUUUCGUGUUGUAACCUUUCUGUAAUUCUACUUUUAUUAUGAACCAAAGUGAUUGAUUUACCUUUCACCAUGACAGCAUUAAUAAAUGUUAUUGUAAAUGAGA